CCCGGCCGGAGGGCCUGCCCGCCCCGCUGGCGGCUGCCCACCCAUGGCCCCCUUCCCGGCCCGCUGGCAGCGCCCGGCCGGCCGGGAAGGAGCCCCCUGCGCCCCCUCCUCGGUGUAGGAGACCCCCCGUCCGGGCUCGACCCCCGGCGGUCCUGGAGGAAGAGGAGGAGGCCGCCCUGGGCUACUUAGACCGAGUUUUGCAAGAGGAGGAAGAGGAGGAGGAGGAGGAAGAAGAAGAAGAAGAGGAGGGCACCGGCCUGGGCACAGCGCAGGAGGAACCAGAUGCCGGGAAAGGUGUGGAGAUGCGGAAGUUGGUGCUGAAGGACUUCCUGGCCAGCGAGGAGAUGUACAUCAACCAGCUGGAGGCGCUGUUGUUGCCCAUGAAGCCACUGAGGGCCACGGCCACCACCUCCCAGCCUGUCCUCAGCAUCCAGCAGAUCGAAACCAUCUUCUACAAGAUCCAGGAUCUCUACGAGAUCCACAAGGAAAUGUACGACAACCUCUGGCCACACCUGCAGCAUUGGGAUAGCGAGGUGGUCCUGGGACAUCUUUUCCAGAAGCUGGCUACGCAACUGGGGGUUUACAAGGCUUUUGUGGACAACUAUAAAAUUGCACUAGAGACCGCUGAAAAAUGCAGCCAGGGUAACACCCAGUUCCAGAAAAUAUCAGAGGAGCUGAAAGUCAAGGGGACUCACAGUUUUGUCACCAUGGAAG